AUGGAAAAUUCCAGCAAAAUCUUUGAUGUCAUAGUGAUCGGAGCAGGGGUUAUGGGAAGUUCUACGGCUUACCAGACUGCCAUGCGCGGCCUAAACACCCUCCUACUCGACCAGUUCGACUUCUUGCACCACCGUGGCUCGUCCCACGGUGAAUCAAGAACAAUCCGUGCAACCUAUCCUGAAGAUUACUAUUCCAACAUGGUCUUAGAGUCCUCACGUCUUUGGGAAAAAGCUGAAGCUGAAAUAGGAUACAAGGUCUACUUCAAGACCAUCCAAUUUGACAUGGGACCGUCUGAUGACAAAGCCCUGAGAGCUGUAAUCAGCAGUUGCAAGAAAAACUCAAUCCCAGUUCGGGUUCUUGAUCAUCAUCAAGUAUACGAAGAAUUCUCUGGUACGAUCGAGCUACAGAGGGACUGGAUUGGGGUGGUGACAGAGCAUGGUGGUGUAAUUAAGCCAACGAAGGCUGUGGCCAUGUUUCAAACACUUGCAGUUAAAAAUGGUGCAAUGCUUAGAGACAAUAUGGAAGUGAUUGAAAUUAAGAGAGAUGAAGUGAAAGGAGGGCUGAUGGUUUGUACAAAGAGUGGUGAGAAAUUCUGGGGUAAAAAAUGUGUUGUAACUGUAGGGGCUUGGAUGAAAAAUUUGGUUAAAGAGGUUACAGGAUUGGAUCUUCCUAUACAGCCAUUGGAAGCCACUGUCCACUAUUGGAAGAUCAAAGAAGGGCACGAGGCCAAAUUCACUCUUAAAACUGGUUUCCCAACAUUCGCGAGCUAUGGCGAGCCAUAUAUAUAUGGCACGCCAUCAUUGGAGUUUCCAGGAUUGAUCAAAAUCUCGGAGCACGGCGGCCGCCCAUGUGAGCCUAAUGAGAGGACGUGGGCUGCACCGCCUUUGGUGGUGGACUCUCUGAGGCAAUGGAUAGAAGGAAGAUUCGGAAACCUCAUAGAUCACAACGGGCCUGUGAUGACACAGUCUUGUAUGUAUACGAUGACACCUGACGAGGAUUUUGUGAUUGACUUUGUUGGUGGGGACUUUGGAAAGGAUGUGGUUGUUGGUGGAGGGUUUUCAGGGCAUGGAUUCAAGAUGGCUCCAUUAGUUGGGAGGAUACUGGCUGAUCUUGUGACUGUUGGUGAGGCAAAAGGUGUGGACCUCAAGUACUUUAGUAUAGAAAGAUUCAAGGGGAAUCCUGCAGGAAAUGUUAAGGAUUUUGAAGAUCAAGUCAACACCCAUUAG